AUGGCACUAAGCCUACUUCUUCAAUGGUUGGUAUUCUAUUCAAUCCUGUAUUUAUCCAACAGUCAAGGCCAAUUUUAUGAAGUAAAACCUUCUGAUAUAUCAGCUUUAGUUGGCUCUAAUGUUACUAUUCCAUGUGUUAUUGCUCCACCUCAUGGCGAUGUUCAAUGGACGAAAGAUGGACUUGCAUUGGGUUAUGAUCGACAACUUCCUGCAUUUCCACAUUGGUCAAUAAUUGGCGAUGAAAAUCGUGGUGAAUUUAAUUUUUUAAUUGAAUCAUUAAAAUUAGACGACGAAGGCUUAUAUGCUUGUGAAGUUUCACCCUAUAAUGAUGCUCCGGCAUUGAAACAAAUCGGCCAUGUCAGAGCUCUUGUUCGACCAGAACGUGUACAAAUCAAUGAUCGUCUAUUUUCCAAUGAAGUAACUCUUGUCACUAUGCGCUAUGAUGAACCUGUACAUCAAAUAAAUUGCCGGGUUGAUGGUGCACGACCAGCUGCACAAAUUAAAUGGAUUAAUGAAAACGGUGUGGAAUUUCCAGCUACAUCAAGAACCUUUGCUCAAGGUCGCCUGUUUACAACUGUUAGCACUCUGUCGCUUGUUCCAUCAUUAUCAUUACAUAAAAAUCGUUAUACAUGCGAUGUCCGUCAUGAAACCUUAACUGAUGAUACAGCUAAAUUUCGUACAUCAUUUGAUGUCGAAGUCACAUCACCACCCAGCAUACCCGAUAUUCAUGGUUAUUCAUCAAGAUUCUAUUUAAUAAAUGGAUCACGUUUAACAUUAUCAUGUCAAUCUAGUGGUGGUCAUCCAUUAGGUCGACUAUCAUGGUAUAGAAUAGAAGUUGGUAGUGAUACAUUAAAUCUAAUUGAUAAUUCUUUCGUUGUACUUUAUCAACAAAAUAUAACGCAAAAUAAUAUAACAAUGAUUAUUUCACCAUCGGAUAAUAAUGUGAGAUUAUCAUGUCAUGUAACAAAUUCGUAUCUAUAUUCGUUGGGACAACGGCUACAAAAUAAUAUUACUCUACAAGUUGCUUUUGGUCCAUCGCAAGUUUUAAUUUUUGGCAACAUACAUGAUGCAAACAUGAGUGAAACAACAAUAGUUGAAGGUACAACUCGACAUUUUGAAUGUCGAACAACAUCGUCGAAUCCACGACCGGUUGUUGUUUGGAAAUUAGAUGGACAUGUGAUCAUGGGUGAUAUCGAUCCUACGGAACAACAAGGAGAAAAUUCCGGCAAAAUUAUACAAUUGGUUAAGACAAUUGGUGUUGAUAAAGAACUAAGAGAAUAUCACAAUAAAAUACUUUCAUGUGAAGCAAGAAAUCCUGAAACUGGACAUCUGGUUAUUGAUUCAACACGAUUAAAUAUUAUAUAUGAUGCAACAAGUAUUGAAAUGCACGGUGUAACACGAGAGAAGACAAUCAAAGCGGGUGACACAAUUGUUGCUGAAUGUACUCUAACCGGAGGAAAUCCAUUAGGAAAAAUAACGUGGUUUAAAGGCGAUGAAUUAAUGCGUUCGGAAUAUAUCAGUGAAACACGAGGAAAAUAUGCAUUAAGUCGUGUGGAAUUCGUUGCUCUGCCAUCCGAUAAUAACCUACCAUUGAUUUGUAAAGGACAAGUUGCAAAUUUCCCUGAACGUAUUGCUUCGUUUACGUUGCAUAUUGUUUUUUUACCAGCUGAAAUGAAAAUAAUCGAUAGUACGAUUUUAUCAAGUCUAUCAGUUGGUAAUGAUAAUCUAGGUGAAUUCGAAUGUCGAACGUCACUAUCGAAUCCACAAGCGACAUUAUCGAUUAUUAGACAAUCAAAUGAUGGUGUAAAACAUUUGGAUAUUGAAUAUAAAACGCCCAGUACUUAUAUUAAUGGAAUUAAUUCAAUUAAAUUUAUGUUACCUCGUAUUGAUCUUACUUUACAUGGAAAUCUAUUAACAUGUGAAGCAACAUUAGAUAUGUAUACGCCACCAUUAACUAAACAAGUGACUUAUGUACUCAAUGUUAAUCAUAAACCCUAUUUUCAUGAUUUCGACGCUAUCGCUGAUGUAAAAGAAAACCAAUCAUUGAAUCUAACACUUGAAGCAAGUGCAUAUCCAAUGCCAAUUACCUACGCAUGGUUUCAUCCGUCGGGUAGACAAUUAUUUAGUGAUCAAUUCAGAAUAUAUAUAAAUCAAGGACAAUUAUCAAUAACAACUAUAGAAAAAAGUGAUAUAGGUGUCUAUCGAUGUAUAGCUACGAAUGCCAUUGGAAGUACCGAAGUUAAUUUUACUUUAAAUGUUCUUUAUGGACCUGUUGUAACUCGAACCCGUGGCUAUUCGAUUUCCGAGGCAAUAGUGCCAGACUCUAUGGUAACACUUCUAUGUGCUAUUGAUGCUAAUCCAAUUGAUUUAAAUAAUGUACGAUGGUUUAAAAACAAUGAAGAUAUAUCUCUAAUCAAUAGUGGCAUUCAAUGGGAAAAACGUACCGAAGGCAAUGAAGUAUCGUUAAUUGGCCGAUCUAUACGUAAAGAAAAUGCCGGACAGUACGCAUGUGAAAUAAGUAAUCCAUAUGGCAAUAGUCGAGCAACAAUACCAUUAGUUGUACAAUGUAAAUUUUUAUUAUUAUGUUCCUCGUCGAUGCGUAAUUAUGAAUGUAUAUGUUUAGAUGCACCAGAAAUUGAUCGAAAUGAUCUCAGUCGAAGUAAAGCAGCAGCUGAUUCUGAUCGUUCACUGACAGCUGAACUUCAUUGUUAUCUGUCGGCUGUACCAAGGCCGACUGUAACAUGGCUAAAGGAUAACGAAAUUUUAUCAUCGUCAUCGAAACAUCGAUUUGUCCUAAACGAACGAAUUAUUUCACCUUCGUCGUUCUCUCCUAAUCUUCUAUUUGAUGCUGUACUCUAUGUUGCUAAUGUUACGAAAUCUGAUUAUGGUAUAUAUCAAUGUAAAGCAGAAAAUACACUGGGAAGUGAUGUCACUGAAAUAACACUAUCUGGAUUGACGCUGCCCGAUACUCCGACGCAAGUGCGCGUAGCAAAUACAUCUCAUUCGUCGUUGUUCAUUAGUUGGACACCGGGUUUUGAUGGUGGCUCACAGCAACGCUUUCAAAUACGUUAUCGUCUUUCGAACAACGAUCGUUAUUCAUAUGAAGAUGUACCUGACAAUGAACAAUCAUUUGAUUUAAAAAAUUUACUAUUAUCUAGUGAAUAUUUCAUCAGCGUUCGUGCAAAUAAUUCACAUCAUUUAAGUCAAUGGACUGAUGAACUAAAAGCAUCAACGUCUCGAUAUUUACCAUCAUCACCGUUUUAUUCAUUUUCAAAUACGUCAACAAAAUUUUCCCUGUCAGUUAUUGUUAUUGUUGCUGUUUUUGGUUUAUUUAUUUUACUGAUCAAUAUUGUACUUAUAUCAUUGUUUAUAAUGAAACGUCGACGAUCAAAUAUAACAAGUGAUAAUUCGUCAACAACAGGAACAAAUGAAACCGAAGCGAAUACAGUUGAUAUAUUUCAACCUAUUCCAUCAAAUUUAUUUUUCGAUAGACCAUUUUCGACGAGUUCAAAUGCUUAUCCUUUUAAUACGUAUCAACGUUAUGAAGAAGAUGAUGUUAAACGUCCAUUUGUACCUUCGUAUUCAUCGGCUACGUUGGCACGACUCACACCGAAUCAAAGUCGAUUGUGGCCACAAGAUGAUAUAUCUUCCUAUUUGGCAUUGGAUACAAGUGUCAGAACAAGAGCUUGUUCUCCUUAUGCUGCCAUAAAAAAGGGACGAUUUUCUCCAUACGAUAAUGUACGAUUAAAUCAUUAUUCCCCAUCAAGUGUUGAUAAUAGUGUUGUAACAUAUAAAAGUUUUAAAGACGGUGUUGGUAAUUCAACAAUGACACAUGGCUGUAUAAGAGCUGAACUUGUUUAA